AUGGCGUCUACACCGGCGAUUCUCGUUCACGCACCUGAUGCAAUGGAUGAGAAUGAGAAGCAAGAGCCCACUCCGGUUCCUGAGCUAGCCAGUCCUUAUCCGUCCCAUCCAAUUGCCCAACUCCAAGGCCCCUUUGAAGAAUCAAUAGUGGAGGCGUCCGACACCGAACCGACAUGGACGGUUGACAUUGAUGCGCAAGAACGACGGCGCGAUCUGUUGGAGAGUGAAGAAUAUGAGCGACUUUGCGGGAGGAAAUGGCGCCAACGAACAUCUGAGAAAUAUCAUCCCAUUUGGAAACUGAUCUCGCAAAUGGUAUUCGGAGUCCAUCUUCUAGCCAAGGGUUCCGCCAAAUCAGAUGUCACGGCGAUGAAGACCUUACAGAAACAUGUAAAUGAGCUGGACGGCUUUCUGGAACGAACCACCGAGGACUUCUCCAUUGUGCGGCUAGACGUUCGCAUUCGAAUUCAAUAUCUAAGCCUACCUCUGGGGAAUCUAGAGGUCUUCGAUGAGAUGCUCGAAGAUCGACAAUUUCGGCUAUCGAUCGUCGCUUAUAACGAUCACAUCGAACAUUCUAUUGCCAGGUUCACCCAAGCGAUCACAGACUCUCUCAGAGACCUGCAAAAGGCAAAAGAGGCAAUGGGUGCAUUGUGGUUCUAUAUGCAAAAGCUUGCAGACGAGGGCUGCUUUGAGACCGAGAGUCUCAAACCUUUCCAGCAGGCCAUGAUGGACAACAUGGAGGGAUGGAUUGUCGCUAUCUCCAGGCUUCGUCGACGAGGCACUUCCCUUCAGAAGGCGCUCAGCCAACUUGGCUUAGCGACUACCGAAAUGCAACGACGGGUGGGCGUCGCAAGUAGAAAGGAUGUGCGAUCAUUCAUUAAGCAGACCAACAGAGCUACACCUCGGAGCAAGUCAAUCAAACAGAGACUUUUCGAAAAGGGGCAGCCCACAUUGGAAAAGCCGCUACCUCGCGACCCGCUAUCCAAGCCAAAGACACCGACCACAUCAAAGCAUACCACCACUCCUCCCGCCACAGCUAAUCAGCCCACCCCAGUCGACCCAGCCGACCCAGCCAAGUCGAGCGAUGGUAUUCGGCGCAAGCUUAUGAGCCGGGCCAAAUCAUGCAGUGCUCUUAUAGCAGAAGCCGGCGCCGGCGCCGGCGAUGAGCCACCUCCCCUACCAUCGACACCCGGAAAGGUCAAACGAAAACUGUCCCGACCGUUUUUACCCAAACGCGCUGCCAGCGAGAGACUGGACAAGGCUCAAGAUCGACCGAAAACAGCACCUUCACAGCCAUCACGACCCUCGCGCAGCAUCUCCAUCGAACAACUACGGGCAUUCUGCACCACGCCACGGCCUCGUACCGGGCACUCGACAGUCAAGUCGCCGACCCGAGCGCGGCAGGAAACCCAUGACCAACUCACACACGGCCGCGACAACAUGAAGGAUCAAAUCUCCCAAUUCCUCAAGACGGAUCGCGUCAUUGAGGCUUGGGACAGCGUAUCCAAGAAUGCGGCUAGCUGUGCACGCCCGAUCGCCAAGACGAAAGAUUGGCCCAGCAGCAUCUUCCGAACCAAAUCGACUACACAGACCAAAGGCAACACAAGCUUGUCCGGGCCGGACCUGGAAAAGCAGAUGUCCUGGAUACAGGAGACAUUUGAAACGUUACCAACAUACUCUUUCAAGGCCAAGCCUGACCUUUCCCCUCGAAUCCAUGUUUUGUCAGUGCAAAUGACACUGGAUGAAGAAGUUGGGGCUGAGAGAGAGGCGAGUUUGGAUAUGCGCAGUGAAGUCGGGUCGAUUAUCACCGCGUUGCCGACUGUACCGGCGCCACCCAUACCACCGAUCAUGUUAGAGCAUCGGUCACGAUUGAUCGACUGCGUCUAUGACGGCAACUGCGACUAUUCCACUUGGGAUCAUUGGGGUCGCUGGGUCGCAUUCGCUGUGAUCGUCGGUGUAGCGUUUCUCCUCUUCUUCAGCUUCGCAUGUUUCAACGCACGUCGCAGACGAAACCAUGGCCAGCGCCCGAUAACCGGGACUGGGUGGAUGGCUCCUCCUCCCGGACCUCCUCCGCCAAACCAGCCUAUCUACGGACAACACCCUACCUACGGCGACAACUACUACCAGCAAAACGCACCACCACAAUACAGCCCUAACCCUCAGAACUAUGGCUACUUUGGCGCACAGUCCCCACCACCGCAACAGCAAGGAAUCGAGCUGCAGCAGCCUGCAAAUGCAUACACCCCACAAGGAUCGUACGCGCCUCCUCCUGGGCCGCCGCCGCCAAAUGCGAGCAAGGGCUAG